AUGAAGAUCCAGAUCACUCUGAUUGCUGCAGCCAUCCUCACCAUUGCUGGUGUCCAGGCUUUGCCGAUUAACCCUGAGGCUAUCAAUCCCCGUAUGCGUCUCCCAGUCAUGGACCUCAAGGAGGCUAUCAAUCCUCGUAUGCGUCUUCCAGUCAUGGAAAUGGAGGAAGCUGUUGGUCCUCGUAUGAGUCUCCCAGUGAUGAAAAUGGAGGAAGAAGCCGUCGGCCCUCGCAUGCGACUCCCUGUCAUGGACCUCAAGGAGGCCAUCAAUCCCCGCAUGCGCCUUCCAGUGAUGGAAAUGGAGGAAGCCGUUGGUCCUCGUAUGAGUCUCCCAGUGAUGGAAAUGGAGGAAGCCGUUGGUCCUCGUAUGAGUCUCCCAGUGAUGGAAAUGGAGGAAGCUGUUGGUCCUCGUAUGAGUCUCCCAGUCAUGGAUAUGGAGGAAGAAGCUGUUGGUCCCCGCAUGCGCCUUCCAGUGAUGGAUCUUGAGGAGAACUAA